AUGCGAGAGAGGCGGCGCGCUACCGCCAUGUCACCUAGGGAGAAACAGUUAGCACUUCUCUCUGUUUUAGGAUUAAUCACCUUCGCUUUUUACUACAUCCCCACUUUUCUGUACGCUACUUUAAUUUUUGCAGCUUGUUGUUUUGCUUUUUAUUAUCACAGCGGAGAAUCGUUUCCCGCCAGGUUAGGCCCGAAUCCUCGGGUUGGAUUAAACGUUUCGGGCGUGCUGCGGCGCUGGUCGUCGGGUUGGACAGCGACCGGCGUUUCGGUGGCCGCGCGGAGUAGAACGAAGAACCGCAACCGAUCCGAGCACCAUCACCGGGAGACAGAGGGACUCCCGAAGCUCAGUAAAACCGGGCUCUGUCGAGGAGAAGCCUUAGCAAGUGACUCGAUUAUUUUCAGCCCUCGGGAUUUCCUCAUGGGGAGUUACAUCGGGAAAGCCGAAAGUCCAGCGGCCGUCUCUGGGAGGCCAAAAGCCGGGAGAAAUCCCCGGGAGCAACUGCGAGAACAACUGUCCAGACCCAACCAUGCAGUUUAUACCCCGAACAGGAGGCUUUCGUUCUCUGGGGAGCCUCUGGGUGCAGCUAACAGGUUCACCAUCACCCCCCAGCGUCGCUACCCCCUUCAGCAGCCUGGAGUCUCUUCAGUAGGAGUCCUGCCUCCUGUCAAGUGGGAUGGUUUCAGAAAAAAGAACAUCCUGAGUCCUCGAAAUUCCCCUGCUGCUCUCAGUCCAGUCACUGUAAAGAUCGCCAGGCCCGACCACAACAUUCCCAGUGUGAAUCAUCUGAGUUGUGCAGGGCUCACCAGGGUCCCGGCAGACCCCUGCUCCAGAGAGAGCGUCCUCAAGGUGUUGAAGGAAAGCCGCAAGAGGGAAGUAGAGGAUGAGGACAGGAGCUUCACCGCUGAGCAAAGAAGCAAAAGAAGGCGCAAUGACAGCGGUGGAAGUUCGCACUCUGCUUUUGAGCCUCUGUUGCCUAAUGGAGCACCAUCCCAGCUGGUCCCUAAACCAGGGAGCCUAAAAAGAGGGAUGACCGCAUCCUUAGACGAGACCACCAUGAAGAGGUCUCGCACCUCCUCCAUCAGCUCUAGUUCUGGAGUUCAUGCCCCGAGAGGAACUUCGGGUACCAGAAGAAAUGCAAUCCAAAGCUCCUACAGCUCUUCGAUAGGUUUUAGUCAGUGGAAGAAACCAUCUGCACCCAGCUCUCCUCUAUCGAGCCCUGAAUCGUCUCGCUCUCAGACUCCAGAGGGAUUUGCCAAAAGACCCAGAGAGGAUGACACUCAGUCUCCAAGCUCUGCAUCCUCAGUGAAGUCGGACCACACUGCAUCAGACAAGACCCUUGAUACCAUAAAACAAACUCCGGUGAUCAAAUCCCCAGUCACAACCUCUGCAGACUCGACUGGAAGUGGUGGGAAGAGAAAACGGAAGAUCCAGCUGGUGUCCAGCCACCGAGAUGAUCGCAUCUCUCUGCCUCCACCUCCUGAGCUGGGCUACACCGUCACAGCCAAAGAUCUAGAUGAAGAGAAAAAAGCUGCUAUCAGUAAAAUCCAGAAAGUCCUGGAAACACCUGCUCCAGUGCCAGAGAAACCUGCAUCUCUUGCAGCCACCACUUCCUCUCAGCCUGCUGCCUCCGUUAGCUCCAGCUCCACUCUGAGCAGCCUUCUGGCAGCUCCGCUUCCCACAGUAACCAGCUCCACCAUUCCUGUCAUCAACUUGGAUCCGAGUCCAGGCAGCAGCAUCAGCUCGGCUCCUGCUAGCACCAGCUCACUGCUGGAAACUCUCAAGAUGAAGUCAGUUACUCCAGCUAGUUCAACAUCAGCUCCCAGUGCAACCACAGCAUCGGCAUCAACCACACCUGUACAAGCCAGCGACUUUAACCUGAAGACAUCGAUGGCUGCCCCACAGAUCCCUGCUUAUUCCCAGCCUCAGCCUCCUACCGCUGCUGCUGCUGCUGCAGAGAAGCCCUCUGCCUUUAUUCAGCUGCUGGCUCAGGUCUCCCAGACUCCCACCAGCACCCCUGCAGCGUCCACAUUCGCACCAACCCUGUUUGGGCUAUCCAGUCAGGUCAGCGCCCCCUCUACUUUCUCAGCCCCCACCACCGUCACAGCUGCUGCCCCUCCAGCUGGUACCUCCGGGUCAGGCAUUAACACCAACCCUCUGCUGGCUGCAGGGUUCAAACCGAUAUUUCCAGCUGCCACCUCCACCUCCUCAGCUACCACACCUUCAGAAAACAAACCUGCUGCCCAAAAUUUCAAACCUAUAUUUGGAGAAGUCACAACUGCUGCAGCCUUCUUACAGCGCUCCUCCUUCACCACCACCACCACCACCGCUGCAGCCUCAACUCUUUCUACAAGUACUACAACUCCAAUGUUCGGUUCAGUAACAAGCAGCGCUACAGUUGCCCCAUCUUUGUUUUCUGGCUUUAAUAACACAUCUGCCGGUGCAGCCUCCACAGCAUCCUCCUCCACCACCACUACACAGGCCACAGCUCAACCAGCCUUGAAGUCCUCGUUUGGAAACUGGGCUGCACCAUCCAUCACCAGCAGCACAGCUGCCUCGGUACCGCCUCCAAGCACAGGGGCUACGUUUCAGUUUGGAGCUGCAAGUAAAACCACAACGGCUGCUGCAGCUGUUCCUGCCGCCGCUCCUACAACCACCUCCAGCUCAGGCACAUUUGCAUUUGGUGUCACAAAGUCUGAUCCUUUGGCAUCGAGCCAGAAGGUGUUUUCCUUUGGUCAGACUGCUCCCAGCCAAAACACAACCACUGCUUCAUUUGGGAGCUUUGCCAUGGCUAACACGGUCUCCACAGCUGCCCCCACCUCCACCGCCCAGCCCACCUUCGCCUUUGGGAAACCAGCGUUUGAAGGUCCGGCGCCGCAGCCUGCAGCACCAAAACCCUUCACAUUUGAAGUCGGCAACACAUCAUCUGCAUCUAAUCCUGCCCCCAACCCAGCCCCUUUCACCUUCGGGGCUGUCGCUGUCACCACAGCUGCCACCUUUGGGGCCCCAGCCAAACCAGCAUUCGGAGCCAGCUCCACUGGUUUUGCUUUUGGUUCCAACGCAGCUCCUUCAGCUGCCCCCCCAGCUGCACCAAGCUUUGGUGCAGCCACCCAGACUCAAAGCUCCUCUUCAACCACAUUCGCGUUUGGAGGAGCUGCUUCGCAGCCGGCUCCGUCUGGAUCCGCUCAGCCUGCAUCUGGUGCGUUUAACUUUGGCGCUGGCAUGCCUUGUCCCCAGUUUGGAACUCCGGUUUCCACUAAUCCUGCACUGCAGAUGGGAGCCUUCAACUUUGGGGCUGCAGCUCCAGACAAACCAGCAUUUGGGACAUCUACUCCAUCGUUUGGUCAGAGUGCUGCUGCAGGUCCAAUUCCCUUUGGAAGUCCUGCAACUCCAGUCCAAGGCUUCAACCCUGUUCAGUUUGGGUCUGCAGCGACUCCCGCCUUCACUAUCGGACCUGGAUCGAAGUCCUCUGCCGCCCGUCAGAGGCUGCAGGCUCGGAGGCUACACAACAGGAAGAAGUAACUAGCUGACGUGGCUCUCUGGAGGACUUCAGCUGUUGCUGCUAUGGCUAACCUGAUAAACUCUUCUCCAUUUUAAGCCCAACACCCUCCAAUCAGGCUGCCACCGCCCCCUCCCUCUGUGCUGGCCCAGAACGCCGUGUUUGUGGAGGAGUCUGAAGGAGCACAUCAGCUCAGACAAUAUGGGAAUGUAGCAGCGGGGAGAAAGAAUACAUAAAAAUGUUCUAUACUUGAAAGAAAAGUUACAAAAGACUUGAUUAGUUUGAUUCUGAACAGAAACGAACCCGAAGUUGUUUUUACAGUACGCGGACACUCCCGUUGUUUCGACUUAAGGAGAAAGCCGUCAGGCCGAGACAGAACUUCGGCUCAGACCUUUAUUUUUGUACACGAUGAGCUCACUGGUUUAUAUGUUCCUGAGUGUUCGAGUGGGGCGUGGCUGAGUCAGAUACAGCAUAGGCGUGAAAAUGUAGUGACAAGACGUUUGCGUUUAAAUUAUUUUUGUAAUUGGCUGUCUGACCUGGUCGAUGAAUGAUAUGUUUCUGCACUUAAAGGACAACUUAGCAAAUGUCUUAAUGUGGUUCGUGCAGAUCCUCGUGCAUUUGUUUCAUACUGUCAUAACCAGCAUUCCCAUAGUCCUCCUGUGGAUGGCCUUUUUGUUUUUGUUUGGGGAUUCUUUUUUCCAAGUGAUUGCCAACAGUGAUGUGAGUUGCAGGUCAGUGUGUGAGGAGGGUGACUACUUUUGACAUGUGCUGAUGAACCAAAGCCAACUGUUCAACUUCAUGCCUGUGAAAACAAUCUUUUAUUUCUUUUUCAGUUGCUGAGAUGUGUGUUUGUGCCAGACUACCUCUUUUUAAAUCCCAGGCACUGAAAUGUUUUAUUCAUUUACAGAAAAUAUUAGAUUUUAAUUUCAGCUGCUGCUUGCUAAGGUGUGAUAAAUUGUUUUUAAAAUAAUCUUUACAGCACAUUACCCCAACUUCAGAAAUAUUAUGUCGUGAAUGCAAAAUUAACCUCCCAUGAGUCAACCCACCAUUGAUGGAACUGAAAGUGUUUUCUGGUUGUUUAGGACAAAGUCUCAAAGAUGCAGGUUUGUUUUUAUGGCUUAUAUUUCCAUCUGACUUUAAGGAUUUAUAUAUAUAUAUAUAUUUUUUUUUUAAUUAUUUUUUUUUUUUGUCAAAAUGUCUUGUUCUCACUCAGUGAUUAUCACCUGUGCAGUUAUUUUGGGUCAAUUUCGAAUGAAUAAAAAGUUUGGGUUUGUGCGGAUGCUUGAACAAAUACACCUGAAACCCCUCACAAUCUCAUGUCAUCAAACCGUAUGACCAGAAAACUAAAAUUAAUUUCAAUUGUUCAACUCCAUUUGAUAUUUUAGCCGUUUUUAAAGCUUUGUUGCGAAAAAUGUAAAUAAAAAUGAAAUUCAAAUGA